AUGUCUAUCCUUCGAUACAUAGACGACGGAGAUUUGCCUUAUGAGCAGAAACUACUUAAAGAUCCCUACAAUCAAGAUUUGUGGCUUGAUUACAUCCACUUCAAAAGAAAAGGCAGUGUUCAGACUGUUCUAGCAUUACUGAAUCGAAGCGUUAGAAAACUAAGCAGCUCGUACAAAAUAUGGAUGCUCUAUAUCAACUUUCGAAUAUCACUUCUUGAUCAAGGUCAUCAGAGUUUGGAUGAAACCGAUAAGGUCAUCGCCAUAUUCGAGCGUGCAUCUCUAUAUUUGAACAAGUUUCCGUUCUUCUGGGUGAAGUACCUUCAGUUUGUGAUACUCCAGUAUUCGUAUAUAAAUGUUAGCUUUGCGAGACUUUGCUUUGAUAGAGCGAUUCAACAGUUACCUGUUGUACACCACGAGAAAAUAUGGAAGUUAUUUCUCCAAUUUGUGGAUAUCAUUGGUGGUCCAACUUUAUUCUUGGUGAAUUUAAGAUAUUGUGAAUUCAAGAUGACUGUACAGGAUUUUAAUUUCGCCCCUUUUGCGGGCGAAGAAACUAACCAGAUUGAGGAUAAAACUCUAGAAGCCGCACUAGAUACUAUUAUAGAUACUGUAUCCACGGCGAAAGAACUUGAUUUGCUGAACCAAACCUUUAGUAAGAUCGUCUGUGUGCCUUCGCUGUUAACAAAAUUCACCAAAUCUGAGAUGGAAUUAUACUCAGAUUAUUUUGAUGCCUUGAUCUCGUUGGUCCCUGCAUUUAUGUCUGAUAAUAAUGGAAACUUACAACGAUUGGACUCCCAAGUAUUAAUCUUUCAUGAUAAUAUGAACUCGAAAUUCCCGGAUCAAAUGGGUAAAUGGAUAGUCAAGCUUGCUCAGUAUUGGAGAGAAAGAAAGAGCUAUCUACAAUUGAUAUCGACCUUUGAAAGAGGAUUAGCUACAUGCAUGACAUUGAAAGACUUUUCUAUUAUAUAUGAAUCGUACACAGAAUUUGAGGACUCAAGAAUCGAGCUGAUUUCAAGGGAGUUAGAUCAGAUUGAAGGAACCUCAGCUAAUCAGGAGGACGAGUUGAAUCUCAAACUAAAUGGUUGUCUUCAACGGUACGAGCGUUUGCUUUCCAAAAGGCCAUUUCUUAUCAAUGACGUCAAGAUGAGGCGAAAUCCGAAUGAUGUUAAAUCUUGGGCCGAUAGAGUUCUUAUAUACGAUCCUGAAGGGGACCAGACCGCGAUAUCGUUGUGCUACGAAAAGGCAUUAAUGACCAUAGAACCAGCAAAGGUGAAGGAACCAGAUCUACUAGCUCAAUUGUGGAUCGAUUACAUCGAUCAUGAAGACAAAAAUAACACUGGAUUCAAGUAUAGGAGCUUGUUUAGCACCGCUACAAAGGUUCCAUUUAAAUUCGUUGGUGAUCUUGAAAAGGUUUGGAGUGCUUGGGUGGACAAGGAAGUAGAACAUGGUGACAUGAAGCAUGCACUAGCUAUCAUCAAGCAAGCAGUGACGUUACCGAAAAAGAUCGCUAUGAAAUACACUGAAAAUGAGAUCAGAUACAACGAUGAGAAAUUAAGUACUCAAGUGAGGGCCCACAAAUCAAUCAAACUUUGGUCUUUAUACCUCGACAUUGUUCAGAAGGACGGCGCCAUAAUCGAUGUACUGAAGGUUUAUGACGAGAUAUUACGCUUAAAACUAGCAUCACCCUCAACGAUCUUGAACUACUGUAGCUUCUUGGAAGAACACAAGUAUUUUGAAAGGUGCUUCAAAAUAUACGAGAGGGGAGUUUCACUAUUCAAGUAUCCAACGGUGACAGAGAUAUGGAACAGUUAUCUUACCAAGAUUGUACAGUAUCAGCAGCAGUUGGGAAUCAAGUCGGAGAGAAUUCGUGAUUUGUUUGAACAAGCAUUACAAAACUGUCCCCCUGAGUAUAAGAAAGCCUUGUACAUUAUGUAUGCGGAAUUCGAGGAGACUUCCGGCUUGAAACUACAGUCCCUCAGGAUUCUCUCUGAGGCGAUCAUAAAGAUAAAUAACAAUCUGGACAAGCUUGAGCUAUACAAGUUGUUGAUUGCAAAAACGACCACAUUGAAAGGACCCGAUAGUACUAGUUCUGUAUAUCAGAUGGCACUAGAAAAUCUUCCAGUGAAUAUACCCGGGUUUAUAGAGGAUAUAGUCUGUGGAUUUGUGAAUAUCGAGGCUCAACAAGAGAGAUUCAAGAGAUGCCGGCAGAUUUUACACUAUUCUUCCGAGUUGGUGAUGAAGUACAGCAAACGGCAGGCCGAUAGAGAUCAGAUUUGGGAUGUUUUCAAGAAGUUUGAGUUGGAGUAUGGUAAUGAGUUGAACUAUAAGGCCAUGCUCAGAUUCAAGCGACAUUUGGAGAGCAGUUCCCUACCAAUAAUCAAAGACAAUAUUGAUGGCGGAUUGACAGAUGGAAUCGACUUUAUUCAUUCAUCCGAGCAGAGGGAGCAAAAGGCCUCAGAAGACGAACCAAGGAAUGCGGACCAGAUCGAACUAGAUCUAGACGAUCUCGCAUAA